CAGUGCAGAAAAGAGAAAGUACUAUAGUCUUUGUCUGGCAUUUGUCAACUAUAGAAGUAAAUGUAAAUUUGACAAUUUAAUUUUUUAACACAACUGAAAUUAAAGCUACAAGCAAAUUUUAAUUAAUAUUGGAAAAACACAAACUCAGUGGAACAUUCUUUGAAGACACCAAUAUUGAAAAAUUGUUACUGAAAAACUAUUUAAUUACAGUGCUAAUACAGUAGAAUAUUGUAAACUAUAUGAUGAAUCAAUCAAUUAUAUCCAAUUCUUCAAAUGAUAAUGAUGAUAGUAUGCCAAAUCCACCAAUCCAAUAUAUCAGCCUAUACACUGACGACAACAUACGCGCAAAUUGUGCACCAGCGCCACCACCACCAAUUCAUGGUAUCUAUCAAUCUUUCGGUAUGUUUGUAGAUCCAAAAGAAACGGUACCAGUAUCAUUGGAAAAUAAUAAAAUAAAAAGAAUAAUACCGGUGCACUUCGAUCGUCGCGAAGAAAUGAAAAAAUUAAAUAUGUCGAUUUGCAUUUCGUAUUUAGACAUGCUUGAUGUGUUAGGUACUGAUGAUAAUGAAGAAAUAUUGAAGCAGAAGCUGAAAGAUAUUGAAUAUCUUUUCAUUCAUUUUCACCAUUUGAUUAAUGAAAUGCGUCCACAUCAAGCACGUGAAACUCUUCGUGUUAUGAUGGAAUUGCAAAAACGUCAGCGUGUUGUGACACUAUUAUCAUUCCAAGAGACUAUGGUGCAAGUUUGGAAUAUGAUUAAAAAUAUUUUUCCUGAUUUCGAUAUAGAUGAUCCAACUGAUUAUUCUAACGCAGAUUCACAGUUACGCAAUGCUACUGAAUGCAACAAUUUACUUCGUGAAGAAAAGGCUGCUAGAGAAAAAUACUUACAAGAACUUGAAGACAUAAAAUCACAAGGCUGUUCGAAAUCAAGCAGCCAAUAUAAGGAGAAUGCUGACAAGAUAAUAAAUACUUCUGCAGUAGUAAGUGAUAAGAAAAAACCAACAUAUCUGGAGGAAGUAAUGGCUAAACAUGAUAAAGCAAUGUCUGUAUUUAACACUUUAAAGAAUCAAGAACAAAUAAAAGAACAAACUAAGUAUAUUUAUAAAACCGAAGAUAGCGCCCAAUUGAAAGAAAAAAUGCAACAUAAUAAGCCCAGCCUCCUGUCCGUAAAAAGCUUAAGUCAAAAAAUUUCGGUUGAAAACGGUUAUAAGAAUGUAAUUGAGUCAACAAAUGAACCAGCUAGCAAACGUUUCAAAUAUAAUAAUGAAAUGAACAAACAAAAUGGGUUCUAUAGUCUCACUAAGUUUGAUGAGAUUAUGUGUACACUUCUGGAUGCAAUGGAUUAAAUUUUUUAACCCAAGAAUUACUUUAUUUAGUUAUCACAUAUUUAUAUAUACAUAUAAAAGUUUAAAUUCAAAAUAUACUUCACACUGAAUUUGCUAUACAUA